AUGCAUCCAUGGCUUCUCGUGACCUUGGCCACGACGAUCGCAGGCUUUGUGAUCCACGACAAUAAGACCUGUGUUUUGUUUCCCGAGUCCCUCAAGCACAAUGGCCUCAACGUGGAUGAUGCACCAGCCGUCCACAGGGCAUUCGACCUUUGCGGCAAAGACGGCAGCGUGGUAUUCACGAACCAUACUUUCCACAUCAACUCCGUCCUCAACACUACCAAUUUGGUCAAUUGCGAUGUCUUCAUCAAGGGGGAGCUGCGCUUUUCCACUGACCUGACCUACUGGCGCAACCACUCGUAUCCGGUGGUGUUCCAGGACCAAGUGACUGCCUGGCUCUUUGGGGGCACCAAUGUGACUAUGCGCGGCGCUGGUGGCUGGUAUAAUGGCAAUGGCCAGAAAUGGUACACCGCGGCGCGCAACACGCCUAAUCAGCCGGGGCGACCGAUCAGCAUCACCUUCUACAAGUCUAGGAACCUGCUCGUUGACGGCCUGAAAAUCAUCCAGCCUCAGUUCUGGGCGACGUUUGUCUGGCGAAGCAAGAAUGUCACUCUGGCCAAUUUGGUAGUCAACGCCACGAGCAAUAACCAAUGGAGUACGAUUAACACGGAUGGCUACAACUCCUGGAACAGCGAUACGCUCGUGGUCGAGAACAGCGUCAUCACCAACGGCGAUGAUUGUGUCGCAGUCAAGGGCAACACCACCAACCUACUCGUUCGAAACAUCACCUGCCAUGGCUCGGCAGGCAUGCCCAUCGGGUCUGUGGGCCAGUAUCCCACCAAGCCGGACUAUGUGCAAAACAUCACGUUUGAAAAUGUCCGCUGUCUAAACUGUAUGGACGGUGCCUUUAUCAAAACCUGGCAAGGCACCUCCAACUCGGACAACCUCAACGGAGACACAGGUGGCGGUGGCAGCGGCUACAUUAAAAAUGUCACGUUCCGCGACUUCGAGAUGACCAACGUCCGUCUGCCGAUCCAAAUCUCGCAGUGCAUCUACACCGAGGACAGCAAUGAAAGCUGCAACAGGUCAAAAAUCCACAUCGAGGACAUAAACUGGUCAAACAUCCGCGGGACAUCGCACUACAACAUCGCCGCGUCUAUCUAUUGCUCCGACCUUCAUCCGUGUCCUGGGAUUAAGUUCGAGGACGUCCAUCUCCGCUCCGUCAAUAGCACCAAGGGCCUGCCGAUGUGGGACACCAAUCUGCAAGACGAGGUGUAUCAGUGCACGAACAUUGUUGACCAGAAACACUCGGGCAUCCCCUGUAAUCGGGCUGCGCCAAAUAACUUCAGUCAGUCAGUGACUGCGAAUGUCAAGGAUUAG